AUGAAUGUCAAAUUCCUAAUAACGAGUCCAUUGUGUGAUGAAAAUCAACGCCAACUUCGGGUCGAUUCUGUAAUUCUGUUGAAAAACAAUGAAACGCUAUAUUACUUCACAAGUGAUACCAUAACUGAAGUGAAUGCCAGAACCGAUACCAUAGAGAAUAUCUCCAAAAUAAACGACUUCUUCACCGGUGAUCCAAUCGACACACCCGUAGACACGACUUUCCUCCGCAGCGACACCACUCUUGAGAUUUUAAACAUUAAAAAACGAAAUGAAUGGACAAUAGAUUUAACCACAAAUAGAGCCACAAAACAAACUAAUCACAGAUGGGAUCGACUGUUGGGUAAAGACGUGUUUGGAGUCUUAGACAUCGAUGGCGACAGAGCUAUCCUUAUAGCCAAAGACCUGUCCAUACCGUCGAUCAUUAUAUACAAACAUAAUCUGCUGACAAAUAUAGUGACAAAUCAUUACUAUUUAGUGGCAAAUCGGAGUCAUAUUAGUCUCCAAUUGGCUAUAAAUUUAGCGAAACUCAAGACGGGAACCGAUUAUUAUCAUCAGCUGAAUGGUCAUAAUAUAAACACCGGUUAUAUGAGCGGCAAAACCAUUCAUUUGAUUGCCAAUAGAUUCUCAAUCGACGUCCUGAUGGACGAGUGGACACCGAUUGAGAACAAAGACUUUACCACUAGUUUAUGUUACAGACAAACGACUUCAACAACUCAUCCAACUCUUGAAGACAUAUCUUCUAAAGACAGUGCGCUAUCGGAUACGACUACUCAAGACAAUGGACUUCAGAACUCAGUGGGGAAUAGCUCUCAAGUGACACUCAUUUUAAUCAUUUUAUUAAUACUGGUUGUGAUCGGUAUUAGUGUCGCAGUCAUUGGUUACGUAGUCUUCGCCAAAGAAAGAGAGAAAGUGACACAAAAUGAGACACAAAUUGUUGUCAACUCGAGACAUAAACCAAACAAUUUGAGCCCAGAAUCGGCGGUCAAAGAGCCAGUAAGUGGUGGCACAAGUAGUUCAUCAGCGGAUGAUAAUAGACCAACAGAUCUCGCAUUCAAAGAGUAA